UAUUAUAAUAUCUCGAAGGCACCGGAAAAAGCAAUAAAAAAAAGAAUAACCAUGAAACAUUUUAUUUUAUUUAUGUUUCUACAACUAAUAUUCACAAUUUAUUCGGAAUCUGCCAAGUCUGACCGUGUAAAGAUAUAUUCGACUUCUCCAGUUGGUCCAUACAAGUUGAUCUUCAAACAGACUUAUAGUUUUAAACCUACGAAGAAUAAUAUCCAGCAUAACUUAUAUUUAAGUCACAAGGACAAUAAAACAGUGAUUUUUGGAAAUACGACUACUGAUAUUCCAUUUGACGACACUUUAUUUUUCGAAAUUAGAAUGGAUCUCAAAGAUUCAUCCGGAAGAUGGAACGAACAUUCGUUUAUGCAAAAAUGGCCAAAAGCAUGCUCUACUACAAAAAAACUUGCUGGAAACGCAUGGACUGCACUUUUGUAUGGUAUAGGAGUAAAUAAUACCAAUUGUCCUAUACUUCCGGGCUUUUACAUGGCUCCGGGUGUGGAUAUUUCAAUAUCCAAAAAUUCAAAUCUACCACGAACAUUUUUGUAUGGGACAUACAAAUUUUACACAUAUUAUUUACGACAAAAUGAAAUAGUGGGUGGUCAAGUUUUCAUUAUAGAAUUAAAGCGUUAUUGAAUUCUAUUACAUAUGAAAUCUGUUUAAAACGGAUUAUUAAAUAUCUACGACAAUAUUUAAAUAUAUAUAUAAUUGUUCGUUUAUUUUAAAGAAAUAUAGAAUUGUAGAAUGAAU